CUCCUAUCCGUGAGUCCUAAACCACCGCGCCGCUGCCAAAAACCUAAACCACCGCGCCGUCGUAAACCACCGCGCCGCUGCCCCCGACGCCGUCUUACUUCGCCCUGUUCUUGCCCCUUGAGACUCGGACCUCCAGCCGCCUGUCCUGUGGUGCGCAGACGUGUUCUUGCUCCUGUAGGAUCUUUGAUCUCUUGUUGCUCGGCUAAUCAAAACGGAAGCGCCACCAUCUCUGGACUUCGACCACAGGCGACGGUGCACGCCCUGCGCCGACGCGUCCUCCUCCGGUCCCUCCCCCAUCGACCAUCGCAGCACCGUCCAACGCUGUGCCCUGUGAUCGUGCGGUGGUGUAGUCUGCUGCUGGUGCCCAAGACUGAAGAAAGAUAGUUCAGUCUACUGCUGCUGCUAGCGAGGACGAGGGCGGGCGCCGGACCACCUGAAGGAGAAGUGCGUGAACAACGCUUGGACGACAUCCAUUGAUCAGUGUUGUGUUAGGACUGAUAUAGAUGGAAUAAUGAUUGCCGAAAACCAACCUAGCAAGAGGAAAGUUUGUAAGAGGAAGAGGAAUGGGUAAAGAAACGGAGGUCAAUGAAUAUGAACUACAAAGGGCUGCCAACAUAAAAGAAAAUAUGAAGAGGAUGAGAUCUCUUAAUCUCCAUGUACCUAGUACUAUGGUUAAUGAAGAAGGAAAUGGAUCACAUCGAGCCAAUAAGAAACAUAAGACGAGGACAUUAGCAGCUUCAACUAAUGGUCCUACUUUGCGAUCAAGGACUGAAAGGGAUAUUGUUGAUGAUAACCACGAGGAUAGUACUUCUGAAAAUAGUUAUGAAGAAUCUGAAAAUCCCAUCAAUGAUGAAGAGCAACCUAUUGGGCAUCAAAAUAUAAGGAAAGGAAGGGGCCCAACCUUGAAGAAGAACAUAUAUUCAAGUAGUGGUGGGCCUAAAAUCUGCAUUACCCUUAAUGAAUAUGGACAACCAGUUGGUAGGAACAGCAAAGAGUUUGGUAAUUUCAUAGGAACUUUGGUGAGGAAAAAUAUCCCGGUUUCUUGUGAGGAUUGGAGACUAGUUGAUUCUAAAAAGAAGUUUGAGUUAUGGACAAAAGUGAAGGAAUACUAUGAAGUGGAUGAAUCUGGUAUAGAUUAUGUUAUAACAUCUGCAGCAAAAAAGUGGAGAGAGUUUAAGGCCGACCUAAAGAGCAAAUAUUUUGAUGAAACAUUGAGUUUUGAAGAGCUUAUUGCUAAAAGGGAUGAAAGGGUGAAAGAAUCUGAUUGGGAGUGGUUGAUAACUUAUUGGAUGUCUCCAGAAGCCGAGGUUCGUACAAACAGAGGUAAAGAUAAUCGUUCAAAGCUGACUAUGUCGCAUGCAGCUGGUAGCAAGAGUUAUGCUCGUGUGGGGCAUGAACUGGCCGAGCAACAAGGACGCCCUGCGAGAAGAGAUGAAAUAUAUGUUAGAACACACACGCGUAAGAACAAAGAAGGGGAUAUUGUGCCUCUACCUGGAGCAGAAAUAUUCAUUGUGAGUACACACAUAUUUUUGAUUUGUGUAAUAAUUAAAAUAUAA